AUGGCAAACAUUGAACUCGACGAUAUCGCGACUGAUACAAGUGCAGUGCUUCGCAGCGGUCGUGGAGAAGGCUCAGGCACUCAGCUUGCUGCCACACAGCUGCACGCCUCUCCCGCUGAUGUGGAUUUCUUAUCGUUCAUCUAUACUCUCUGGCAGUUGAAUAUCCCUGUUUUAAAUCCAUGUUUGUUGGAUACCCAGACCGCGAUUUCAGCAAGUGGCACGCUUGGAAGGGGCGGACAGUCGGUGGUGGACGCUGUAUAUGAGAAUCAACGGUACUCAAACAAAUAUGACGAAUCUUCAGCCUCAAAGGUCAUCUACAAAAGGACAGUUAAACGAACUGCCCAAGGAGAGGGUGAUCCUUCUCAUGAUACUGCAGCACUCGAAUCUUUUGUCCGCGAAGUAUCUGUCCUCGGUAGACUUCGUGGUCACCCAAAUGUUAUACAACUCCUUGGGGUAGCAUGGGAGCAAGCAGAGGGGUGUGAAAUCCGUCCCGUCCUUGUUAUCGAAUAUGCCCCCUUCAAUUCGUUAGCCUAUUUCCUUUCGGAGCAGACCGCUACUGCCCUCAAUUUUCAUCAGAAGCGAGAAUUUUGCGCGGAUAUCGCAUCCGGGCUAUCGUCGGUCCACGAGAAUGGCAUCAUCUGGGGAGACUGUAAGCCGGAGAAUAUCCUGAUCUUUAAGGACGACAGCCGUCCCGGAGGCCUACGUGCCAAAGUUAGCGACUUUGGCGCAUGCGAGCCUGAAGUUACUAUUGAAUCUCGGUUUAGAGGCUUUUCUGUGCCUUGGACUGCUCCUGAAGCCCUGACGGCGACGGGAUUCGCCCAACUUGUGAGGUCUGAGAUCUACUCGUUUGGUCUAGUGGUUUGGUCUAUCGCUAUGGACGGCCGACAGUUCCAGAAGCGAUAUUGGGGCGAAGCCAUGUCUAAAAAUCGCAGAAUCGAUGACGAGGAAGUCGGCAUUGAACAUAUUCAACGGCUAAAAGCGACCAGCUCAGAAGCAGCUGGGAUCUUGAAUAUAGCAGUCUCGUCCACGACCUCAUACUUGAAUUGCUCUGGGACUGGGGCGCAUCCUCUAGCGUCACAUAUAGAGAUCGAGACAUUUACCAGAGUGUUGGAAUCUACGCUUCAGCACAACCCGAAUCACCGAACUCAGGAUAUGGCAUCGGUAGCCCAACGCUUGUAUCUGCUUUCUCCAAAAUCAGUUACGAAGCCGAUCUCUAUAUCCAGGUUUAAUGGGGAAUUGAGUCUGGAAUAUCUCCUAUCCACCUAUGGAGCAGACUCGCACCUGAAACCUGUUGCCUCGUUAAUUCUCGAAAAGCUCAUCAAUCUCAACUCUGUGGCGGAAAAUCCUCAAAGUCGUUUCCAAGCCAGCCUCUGUUACCUUGUUGGGUUCGGGACUAAAGUGGAUUUGGGAAAGGCAGCUGAGUUGAUGAAAUCAUCUGCAUUUCUCGAUUAUCCCAAAGCUCAAGGCAUGUAUGCGACUAUUCAGGCCAUUAUAUCAUUAAAGCAGGAAUGUAGGGACCACACUCAGGAAAACAGCACAACGACCGAACAAAAUGCGGAUUUGAUCAUGUUCGAUGACUUGGAAAUAGAAAAUAAUCAAGAGACAGCGUCUAGCCCCCCUGUGCAAGUUCACACGGAUGAAGAAAUGGAAUGGCUCAAAGACGCUUCCGCCGCUGGCUCAUGGCUUGCUGCAGCAGAGCUACAUAAUCGGAGCCCUACCGAUUUCCAAAUUGCAGUUAGUCGUUUCCGUUCAUCUCUUGUUGACUUUCCUUCUGCCAAGGAAGAGUGCGAUGAGUUUAGUACUCUCAGUGAGCGCUCCGGAUCGCUCAAAGGAAAUAGCGCACUUCAUCUUGCUGCACUCAAGGGAAGCGAGACUAGUCUGAAAAGACUUAUUGAUAUCCAUGACACAUUGGAGCUAGUCAAUGGCAUCGGUGAAACGCCGCUAAUCUGCGCGACAAGAGCAGGACAUGCUGGUAUUGCCGCCUUUCUCCUUACCCAUGGGGCAAACAUCAACCAUGCCGAUAAUCGCGGGAUCACUGCUUCACACUGGCUGGUGUUCAUGAAUGCUUCUGAGCUCCAACUACUACAAUGCCGGAUUUCGGAUGCAUUGCUGGAUGCGCAGAGCAUUUCAAGAGUCGACUGCUCGGAACACUGGGGGGCAACAUUACAACCAGGAACUCCUCUGGAUUGGGCAGUGGAUCGACGGAAUUUUGAUGCCGUAGAUUUGUUUUUAGAAAGGGGUGCUAAUCCGCAAAUCCAAACCUUAGGCCGCCCGUCGGCUAUCAAUCGGGCAGCCGGCAGACACGAUUUCCAGAUGUGUGAUCGUAUCCUCAGGAAAUAUCCCUGCUUAUCACUUGAUAUAUUUGAUUCGCAUGGCGAGUCGCCCCUGUCGUACUGCUUUCAAACGGAUUAUACUCUAGAAAGACUUUUGAUUUCUGGUACACAAAGUGAAGCAUUUCUGGAGGUUUUAGAACUAUUCGCAAGGCACGGAACCGACUUUACCUACAUCAAUGCUCAUGGCGAAAACGUCCUUUACAGUGCUAUUAAGCGGGGAAACCUGGAAGAGAUCGAAAUACUUCUUUCCUGGCUAGAGAAAAGGCAAAUUCAUCUCGAGUUCAUAUUCAGUGCUACUGGGCCUAAUCGAUGGUCAAGUUUUCGGCGUGCGCUCUAUGCCAGUGACAAAAGGAUAUUUACCACGAUCUUUAGCCAAAUUGAUAUCGGUGAGCUCAAUGCCUUACAUGUCGACGAGUCUCCUGAUGGUCUCAGCAUCUUCCAUGAGCUUGCUUUUGUUCCAGAAUCGAAUGCUCGUGAGAUUGGAAAAGUGAUUUUCUCAGGAAAGGGUAUGCAGAAGACUCGGCUGCGCAAAGCCCUACGGAACUGCCGCCUCCCAGCAUGGGGGGGUCGCGCUCGUAUGACUGCUUUCCAGCUAGCGGUUUUGUGCCAGAACUUUUCACUGGCAGAUUUCUGGGUCAAAAUGGGAGCCAACCCUCUCGCAGGCCUUGAACGACAACGUUUUCUGGGGUAUCUUAUCUCGUAUCAGAAGAUUUUGGCCGCUGAACCCAGCAAGUGGCUUCUCUACAUGAGAGAUGACGGUGUUCCGAAUGUUUUGAGGCGGUUUCCGCAUCCAGCGGCAAUUGAGAAAUCAAUUACAUACCUGCUGUGCAGCGAUUCUGUGUGGUGGAGCAUGCUUCGAAGGCCCGGCUGGAGCGUUUACUGGCAUGGCCCCGAAUUUGAUCGUGAUUCGGAGCAUGAGCCGCUGAUUGCCUGGAGGCCUGAUAUGUUUACCGCGUUAACGGCCCUCAUGAGAGCUGACUCUUCAAAUGAACGCUCAAUGAAUAGACAUGCCUUGCAAACUUAUGGAACAUCUGGAUAUCUGGAUGCGAAUUCCUUGGCGUUCUCGCACCGAGUUAGGCACACGCUUGAUUUCGGUUCUUUCCUUAUCUCAUAUGAAGCCAAUUCUCAGAAACAUGCUCGCUCUGGCCAUAAUUUGGUCACGGCCCUUGACCUAGCGUUUGACAUGGUGUUGCACAGUUCGUAUUCGGACCAAGCCGAGCGCAUCUUCCUUGCGAUCCUUGACAAGUAUAGCGGCCCGUUGCAUUGCAAUUUUCCGUAUUUCCAUUAUUCACCGAUCGGGAGAUCGUGGAUGAGAAAUUUGACCCGUCGUGAAACACUCCUGCACCGAGCCAUUCGCGCAGGGAAAAUAACUAUCGUUGAGAGGCUCCUAGAACACGGGGCGGAUUGGAACAUGGCUAACACGAACUGGCAGUCUCCUUUACGACUUGCAAAUCUGCUAUUUUACAAUUUGAACCCAGACGACUUAGCAAAUCACGGAUCAUUUUUGCAGAGAUUAGGCCCCGCCGUGCCACCGAAUUCCGCUGAUAUUGAGACUGCUAACACAGUGGACAACAGCGACGGUUCUGCAUCUGUGAUCUUGGCUAUUCUCAACGAGCAUGCUCGAUCAAGUCCUCAGCAUAAACUCUGGGGUCCAAUUCGCGCAAUUCGGGAGGUGCAUUGGCCAUGGAGCAAGUAUGAAACGGACGAUCUCGGCAUUCGAUUUAUCAUAUAUUAUGUAUUCGUACUUACUUUGGUGGCUUUGAUACUCGGUAUUCCGCUAUACGUCUGGAAUUCCAUAGCGUCAACGACCUCAGUGAAGCUCUUGGAUGUCCUGGUCAAUUUACAAUUGGUAGGAGAUUGUGUCAUGCUUGCGAAGCGCAACGGCUCCGACCCUCGAGCCCAGUGUUCGGUUGAAAACUCGGAGGCCGUACGGGCUUUUCAGGACGUCGCACUGCCACCAGUGGCUUCCCUGCGGAAUCUGACUACUGCAGUUGUUGAUACGUUUAGUGGCUGUUACAAUGGGUCACUCCCACAAAGGUUGCAUGGCAAUAGCACAUGUCCCUGGCCAUCCACCAUUGGCGUUCCCGGCUGCGAUGACGACACGGAUCAAGGGUACUUUGAUGCGGCGGAGGGUGAGUUCACUAGUCAGAUGGAAUAUUAUUUGAAAAAGAUGGUCAAAUGCAAAUGUACUUGGCGAGGAAAGCCAUAUCGAGAGGAGCCAUGA